AUGGCAAAGCCUAAUUUCACUACCCAAAAGUUCCCGCUGAACAACGGAAAUGCUAUCCCAGCGAUCGGACUUGGGACGUGGCAGUCGAAAGAGAACGAUACCAGAGAAGCUGUGAAGCAUGCCUUAAAACACGGCUACCGCCACAUCGACACGGCGUUGAAUUAUGGCAACGAAAAAGAAGUCGGCGAGGGUGUACGCGCGUCGGGAGUACCGCGAGAUCAAAUCUGGGUCACGACUAAGCUUGACAAUCAUUGGCAUCACCGCGUACGGGACGGGCUCGAAUCAUCUCUGAAUGAUUUAGGACUUGAUUAUGUUGACCUGUUCUUGAUUCAUUUCCCAUGCUCGACAGAUCCGGAUGAUCGAUCUAAGCAUCUUGUUGAUUGGAAUUUCAUCAACACCUGGCAAGAGAUGCAGAAGCUACUGCAUACUGGAAAGGUCAAGAACAUUGGUGUCUCGAACUUCCAGAUCACACACCUAGAGAAACUUCUCAAUGAUCCUUCCUGCGAAGUGGUCCCGGCUGUCAACCAGAUCGAGUACUGCAAUUCAAAUGGAAUACAUUGUACUGCAUACUCCUGCCUAGGCGGCCACACUACAUCCGCCAUUAAUUCUUCGCUUGACUUGAUUGAAGAUCCGGUGGUGCUCAAGAUUGCAGAAACUAAAGGAAAGACCGUAGCUCAAAUCCUAUUGAUGUGGGGGCUCCAAAGGGGGACUAGCAUGAUCCCCAAAAGUGUGACGCCUAGUCGAAUUGAUUCGAACUUUGAACUGGAUGGUUGGAGUUUGAGUGAACAGGAAUUCCAAAGCCUGACCGACAUCACCACUCGGGGAAAGGUUGUUGGAGACGGGUGGAUGCCAAUUAGGGUGUUCCUAGGGGGUGAUGACUGA